UGUGUGUGUGCCUUCAUCUCACUGUGUUUGCCCUUCCUUCCCAUCCUCGAGAUUACAGGCAGCACGGAGAUGAAUUACCCAUGUGUCAAGUGGAUUUGUCACCCUUGCUCUAGUGUGCCACCGCCAGGGAUGGCCUCCCUCAAGAGCAUCCCUUCCCCCCUGCGAUUGGACCGCGGCUGCAGCAUCAGCACCAGUAUGAGCUAAGGAUGCAGCUUUCUCGCUCUCCGGCUCCCUGCAUCCCUGGCACCGUUCUCAUUGUACCGGCCUGCGGUUCUUUUUCCCUGGCUCCCAGACCCGCCUGCCGUGGCCAGGCUGGAAACAGUCAGAGCGGUGGCUUCAGAGCAGCUGCAUCUCGGCUUAGAGCGGGAUCAGAUCAGGUAGUGAUGCAAGCAGCCGUCCGAAUGAGCUCCGGGCAAGAUGCUCCUGCCCAGACCGGUAGAUAAUCUUGCAGCAGCUGCUGUGCCUCGUGAAAGGGAUCACGGUGACCCACGGGCCCCGGCAGGGGGAAGUCCGGAUCCUGUGCCUGAAGGGAUAUCCCUUCAGAACCAGAGAUGUGGAGUGUGAGAGAGCGAGAGCGAGAGCAGAGCUUCACGUUCCCUCCAGCCUCUUGCGAUAGUCUCUUGCCAGCAGCAGCAGAAAUGCCAGCCCAGCCUUCUCACACAACUCUGCACCGAAGACUCCCCGCAAACUUGGCCCGCUUCUCCUGACUCCGUAGCUGGAAGGGGUUCCUGCCCCAGCCCAGCUCCCCUCUGCAGUCUUUGCUCUCCAGCGUCGCAAGGUUGUCUGCUGUGCAGUGCGUCCCCCUUCGGUCCUCGAUGCACUGAUGUUGCCACCCAGGACUUCAAAGUCAGGCUCAGCACCAGUGAGGAUGUAAAAGAUGGCUGACCGCUCCAGCACGGCAUCCAGUCCUUCUCCCACAAAGUCUUCUUCUCAAUCAUCCCCCCAGCAGAGAGCCACGUUUUCUGGUACCCAAAGGUUGCCCAGUCAGUUGGCUGGUACCACGAAGGAGGACCGCUGGGAAGGUGUGGAUGGGAACGAGCUGAUCUUUGCCUUAGAUAAAGACGAGGAAGGAGUCCCUGCGGACUCAGCGGAGAACUGUUCUUUGGCUGAAGAUGCCAGGCCACCAGAAGCCCACCGAGCAGGGACCACAUGCCAUGGGCCGUCGCCUCUCCCGUCUCCUCCCGAAUCAGAUUUCUUGUCGGCUCUCCCACCCCUGAGGACGACCGGCCUGGUAAACCCUCAAGGCCCCAAACCGUUAAUCAACUUAGUGAAGUCCGUCUCGACGGAGAUCGAGGCCCGGGACUGCUCUUCUCUCAAGCCCCAGCCUCUGCUGAGCUUAGUCAAAUCCAUUUCCACGGAGAUUUCCCGCCAAGAGCCGGAGGUGACUCAGUCCAAGUCGGAUUCCAAGCUGAACGUCCAGCUGUGGCGACAGAUCACCCAGCCGAAGGGCAAGCAUGGCGACUCCCGGACGGCGCCCUCUUCUCCCAACAUCUCUCCCUCGGAGAGCAAGGGCAGUUUCUUCAAGGCCCAGGAGGCCAAAUUUGAGGACACCAAGAGGCGGUUCUCAGAGGCCAUGCAGGAACCUCUCAGCCGGCUCAGCAAAAUCAUGGGAGACGAGAACAACGUUUCGCCAAAACACAAGGGCCCCCUCUCUGGCAAUCACGCCCACGAUUCCCCGUCCAGCCACAGCAGGGAGCCCAUCCUGGAGGACGAAACGGAGGACUCCGGCCAUGAGACGGACCACCAUGGAGCCAUGUCCAAGAAGAGUCAAGCGGAGGGAUGUUUCCCCGGGGAGCAGAAGUGGGGGCCCUCGUUGAACUGCCGAUACGAGAUCUGCUCCUACGGGGACGUCAUCCAGGUGGUGGAGGUGGCCCGGGAGAAGAACGGAGGCUCGGAUCAUGACGUGCGGGCCAUUCCAACUCUGGGCGUCCUCCAUCCCACCAAGCCUUGCUGCAGAGUGCCAUGCAAAACCCUCGCCUGCGUCGCCAUCCUGGCCUACAACUACUUGGUCCUGCCUUUGCCUCCGUACGUCUCGGGCCUGUUCCUGGGCCUGGCCGGCGGCUUCAUGUUGGGCUUCCUGAUGAUUCUGCUGCUGGUGCCCAAGUGCUCGCGGUCUCCGCGGAAGACGCAGCCGCCUCGGGACAAGCUGUUGCUGGGGGUGCCGAAUCAGCUGCUGCAAGACCCCAACGUGAUGAAGGGCUGGAUGAAUGAAAUGUAUUCCUACGAUCCCGAGAUCUACCACCCGUCCCUUACUCAUUCUGUGUUUGUGACCUUGGAAGACUCCACCUUGAAGCUCUCCUAUCCCAAGAACAACAUCCCCCGACGGGCCACUUUUGAGGAAGAGAUCUUGGAGGCGGCUUUUGUGAGCCACCGUCACUACGAAAUGAGCGGCACCAAGGUCUUCCUCUUCCCACCUGGGCUGGCCCGCAAGAGGAUGUGGAACAAGAAAUACCCCAUCUGUGUUCUCUUCCCAGACCACGAUGAACUCCUGGGUAGCAAAGGGCCCAGUGAGCAUGACAUGGACCCCUCAAGGGAGAAGAGCAUGAAGAGGAGGCAGCCGGCCCCAGGCCAGGAGGGGCCCCUCAAGACGCCGGCUGACCCCCAGGAAAGGACUCUUUACCUCUUUGGCAGAACAGGGAGGGAUAAGGAGGAGUGGUUCCAGCAUCUCGUGAAGGCCUCCCAGGCAGAAGGUUACGAGCCACAUAACGCCCAUCAAUGCGAAAUACGAUCAGGAUUGAACCAGCUCAGCCCCUCCGGGAGGGGGACCCGCAGCAACUGCAGCAGCAGGGGCAGCACGGAAGACCUCCCUUCUCUGGUCAAGCCCAAAGACCUCGUCGGGAGCGUCCAGGAGAAACUCCUCUUGGAUUAUGACACCUACAUGUCCCGAAUUGUCCCGGCAGCGAGCGACUCGAGCCCGCCCGAGAGCCCUGGCCCCAGCACCGCAGGCAGCCCGACACCAAAGAAGUUCCUCAGGGACGUGGAUGUCAGCAGCGAGCCCUACGUGGCGUGGGCCAACGCAGUGCUUGGGCGGAUGUUCUGGGACUUCCUGAGGGAGAAAUAUUGGGCCGACCAAGUUUCCAACAAGAUCCAGAAGAAACUGGGCCGAAUCAAGUUGCCGUACUUCAUGAAUGAGCUCACGCUCACUGACCUGGACAUGGGGACUUCCAUCCCGCACAUACUCAGUGCGUCAAGCCCUACUCUUGAUAAGCGAGGACUUUGGGUGGAUAUGGAGGUGACCUACAACGGAGCCCUGCAGAUGACUCUGGAGACCAAGAUGAACUUGUGCAAACUGGGCAAGGAAGCCCUGGGGGAGGAGAGCGGGAAGGCAGACAACGUUGGGGAAGGUGUAAAGCCCCGGCUAGUCCUGUUGGCCAACAGUGAUGCAGAAUCCUCCAGUGCUGGUUCUUCUGACGAGGAAGAUCCUCCAACCAUGGAGCCUUCUGGGACCCCCGGAGAAAGGAACACCCCGCCCGGGACUGAAGGCCAUGUUGCCGGCAACAGCACCAGCCGGAAGAUCUUGCGCUUCGUGGACAAGAUUGCCAAGUCCAAAUACUUCCAAAAGGCGACGGAGAACGAGUUUAUUAAGAAGAAGAUCGAAGAAGUCUCCAACACGCCGUUGCUGCUGACGGUGGAAGUCCAAGAACUGACGGGCACCUUGACUGUGAACAUUCCUCCACCUCCAACAGAUCGAGUCUGGUACAGUUUCCGAAUCCCACCACAGCUGGACCUCAAAGUCCGCCCGAAGCUGGGGGAGCGAGAGGUCACCUUCAUCCACGUGACAGAAUGGAUAGAGAGGAAACUUCAGCACGAGUUCCAGAAAAUUUUAGUGAUGCCAAAUAUGGACGACCUUAUCUUGCCCCUUAUGCAUUCGGGUCCGGAGCCCCAGCUGCCCAUGGAGGGACUUCAGAAGGACUUCCCAGGAGACGGUGAGAAGAAACUGUGAGGAGCUGUUGUGGGCUGCCGAUUCGGCCAGCUCCAAACCCUGGAGGAAGUUUGAUGAGAUCGUCUAGCAGCCGGGUGACCUGAGCCGGAGAACCAAAUGCCCCCCUCAGGCCGUGACGAUGGUAUCUGCUCUACUGGGUCCCCUCUUCAGCUUGUCCACAUCCCUCUUUCAGUCAAAGCAGCUCUCCCUUGGGAUAUCUCACAAUCCAGGAUGAAUCUGGCAAAGACUGGGAUGGACUCUCAUCCUUCGCCCGGUCAGGUACGGGCUUCCUGCUCAUGCAAGCCAGAAUACAUGUCAUGCUGUACUGUCAUUUUUGCCGAGAGGAAACCAAGAGAGGGUUCAAAUGCACUGAUUCUUCAGGUCUGUUUGGACCCCACCAGGGCAAAUUACAACCAUGUGAAGCAUAGUUUGGUCCAUCAGUAAAACUGGACAGGAAUGAACUGGAUAAAUCAAGGGAGGAAGGGAUAUGAAGACUGCUUUUCAACAAAAGUCCCCAAAGUGGUUUACAUAGACGUGGAUGAAUAAAUGAGAUGGCUCCCUGUCCCCAAAUGGCUCACUAUCUAAAAAAACACACACAAGAGAGACACCAGCAACAGCCACUGGAGGGAUGUUGUGCUGGGGAUGGAGAGGGCCAGUUGCUCUCCCCCCCCGCUAAAUAAAGAAGGAAAUUCUUAUCCCGAUAGUGUUUUCUCCUCCUCCCCGCCACCCCAAGUCUGGUGGCAGAGAAGAGAAAAGAGAGCAGUAUCAAGGCUUGAACCCUGAACUGCCAAGCAGUUCCCUCUCACUCCUUCCAGCCCCGCGGAAGGAAAGCCAAAGCUAGCAAUCUUUCCUGUAACAACACAAGAGCAGCCCUGCUGGAUCAGGCCCAAGGAGGCCCGCCUAGUCCAGCAUCCUCUUUCCCACAGUGACCCACCAGAUGCCUCUGGGAGCCUGCAGGCAAGAGGGGAGGGCAUGCCCUCUCUCCUGCUGUUGUUCCCCUGCCACUGGUAUUGAGAGGCAUCUUGCCUCUGAGGCUGGAGGUGGCCAGUAGUCAGCAGACUAGUAGCCAUUGAUAGACCUGUGUCUAAGCCCCUUUUCAAGCCAUCCAAGCUGGUGGCCGUUGCCACACCCUGUAGCAGAGAAUUCCAGAGAUUAAUUAUGUGCUGUGUACCAAUCCACAAUUGAACCUGUCCCCUUAUCUGCCAACAAUUGAACCUGUCCCCUUAUCAACUGCUAAGUUGACUCAAGAGCCUCGAAGAGUCCAGCCACCUCCCUGGCAGGUUUUCUGCUUCUGGUGUAUUUAAAGGAGUUGUUGUCAUCCCGCUGGAUGCUCCUAGCGAUGUGCUCCUCAAACUCUCUUUCCCCAUCCCUUGUGGUCUCCUUGCAUUUCUUUGGCCAGAGUUUCUGUUCCUUUCUGUUCUCCUCAUCUCAUCUUCCCCUUUGGGCGUUUUGAAGCAACACCUGCCAGUCCCAAGAAAACACAACCCUUUUCUCUCCAGGCACUCUUCUUCCUCCUCCUCCUCGGUCUAGGCUAGGGGCAAGGGCAGCAGCCCGGAGAGCUGGAAUGGCAGCCAAGCAAGCUGAGCCCAAGUGGGGGACUUUUCCGAACAUCUAAGGAGAUGGGUCCUUUCUUUGGGAAUGUCCCUGGGGCACCUGGGGGUGGAGCCUAUCGCAUGAUGGACUUGGGCAGGCUUCUCUGUGCCCCACAACUUGCUCUUUGGUGGUCUAUUAUUUCCUCGUGAAAUUAGUGACCAUCUCAGGAGGCGACCGUAAACUCCCAGUGAGGUGCAGGAGCAGGGAGUGGGUGUGGAUUGUGGAGACCUGAAUCUGCCACCCAACCACUGGACUGCACACAACACUAAACCGGGUUGCUCUGAGCCCUCUAGGAGCCCCUGGUACAUCUGGCCCUGCAGCAAGUGGGUGUGAGAGAGGCUGUGCUUCCCCACCCAGUUAUAGACACCCCCAUAAGAACAGCCCUGCUGGAUCGGGCCCAAGGAGGCCCAUCUAGUCCAGCAUCCUGUUUCGCACAGUGGCCCACCAGAUGCCCCUGAGAAGCCCACAGGCAGGGGUUGAGGGCAUGCCCUCCCUCCUGCUGUGACUCCCCUGCAACUGGUACUCAGAGGCAUCCUGCCUUCAAUCAAUCCCUUGCCUCCAUCCCGGUAUCUCAACCCAUGUCAAACCCCAGGGGUGGCAGCGUAUCCCAGCAGCCAGGACAUCGGCCAGGGCCAACGAAGCUGAACCCGCCCUCCGAGGGGACAGGCCACCCUGCAGCAUGAAGUGGGUCGCUGGGGGCCUAUUUUACUCUUCCAUGAUGCAAUAAAACAUUUUCACAAAGCAAUAGCUGCGGCCAAGUGAGUGGCAACGGACUGGUCACAUCUAAUCAAAGGGCUUGGCAAACCUUGGGUAGCGUGUGAGCACGAAGAAUCGGCAAGGGUGUCGGAUUUGAUGGGAAAUAAAGGUUUGCCUCAA